AUGGCGAAGACGAGUUCGGCGAGUACAGGACCUUGGGAUCGACGACAGGGUCUGGACCAUGAACGAGAUACGCGACCACCCGCUCUUCAUGGAGGACGUGCCGAGGGACAUCUCGGACAACCCGGAGCUGCUCGCCUUGCAGAGCCUGGUGUACGACGGCAACACGGACGAGGAGAGAUGGCGGAGCAUUUCCGAAAGUUGGGCAACGAGGCCUUCCGGCUCUCCACGGGCAAGAUCGCCUCGCAGAACGCGUUGCUGGCCUACACCAAGGAAGGGCUCGAGAUGGAGUGCAAGGACGGCACCUGCGCGGGGCUGAUUGCCAUCCCCCUGCCGCGGGACGCCCCCCACCUUGAUAUCAGGUCGAUUGCAUCGCUUUGA